AUGGCGCUGUCCCUUUUGACGUUAGAAGCAAACGGAUCGGGUGAAGUGGUGGGGCUCGAAACUCGGAGUCAAUGCAAGACGCGAACUGAUUGCAUCACUCGAGGGUCGGCCAUUUUUAAUGACCAGUUCCAGACCACGCCAUCACUCAAUCUACGGUGUCGGCAACUUCUAUUGUGGACACAUUGCGCUGAGAAAUGCGUUUACACGGCGGUCUGGAAUAUUGGUUACAGGCGCAUGGCGCGCGUGUGCGUGGUGGGCGCGGGCGCGGCGGGCGUGUGCGCGGCGCGGCACCUGCUGGCCGAGCCGAGCGUGGCGCGCGUGGAGCUGCUGGAGCAGGCGGCGCAGCUGGGCGGCACGUGGGUCUACACCGACCACGUGGGCUACGACGACUUCGGCCUGCCCAUACACACCAGCAUGUACAAGAGCCUCAGGACGAACUUGCCGAAGGAGAUCAUGGGCUUUCCGGACUUUCCGAUACCCGAGAGCGAGAAAUCGUACCUGCCCGCCAAAGACAUGCUCGCCUUCCUACAGCUGUACUCCGAUAAACACGGCGUUACGCCGCACAUUAAAUUUAAGCAUCACGUCCAGCUGGUAAAGCCGAAGCAGGGCCCCAAGGGCGAGCUGUGGGACGUGACCUUCAAGGACCUCGCCUCCGGUGUCUCCGAGACCAGAGAGUACGACUACGUGUUCGUAUGCAAUGGCCACUACAGCACGCCUUUCAUCCCGAACAUUCCAGGCCUUAAAGAAUUUCAGGGCGAGGUGAUGCACAGCCACGACUACCGCGUGCCGGAGGUGUUCUCGGGCAAGCGCGUGCUGGUGGUGGGCGCGGGCCCGUCGGGCAUGGACAUCGCGCUGGAGGUGGCGCGCGUGGCGCAGGCGGUGCUGCUCAGCCACCACCUGAGCGAGAGGCCGCGCUCCCGCUUCCCGCACAACCUGGCGCAGAAGCCCGACGUGGCGCGGCUCGAGGCGCGCUCCGCCCACUUCAAGGACGGCACGGUGGAGGACGUCGACGUGGUGUUCCUCUGCACGGGCUACCUGUACAACUUCCCCUUCUGCACGAGAGCUGCGGCAUCGUGGUGCAGGAGAACUGCGUGGAGCCCCUCUACAAGCACUUGG